CCAGAAGUCUCUGAGUAAAAGUGUUGUGUGGUUCUGUGGUCAAGACUGACUCAAGUCUCGAGAAAGAUGCGAGUUUUGUUCAACAACUCGAAAAGUUGAAAGUGAAAGUUUUAUUCGGCAGUGAAACAGGAUUUAGUUUAAAUAACUACCUAAAUGGCUUCAGUGAUCUAUCAAAAAGAAACCGGAUUUAAAGUUUUAUUAGUGUUGUAUAAAUAAUGGAUUCCUUGGAAAAAAAUGGAGAAGUUAGGCAACGGAAGGAUAAAAGUAAUGAAAUUUUAAAUACCAAUGGGAAAGAUUUAAAAAGUAAAGAUGAAAAGAAAAAUUAUAAUGGCAAAGUAAUUGGUUUAAUAUUUGUAUCACUGCUACUGGAUCUCUUAGCUUUUACCAUGAUUCUGCCACUCUUGCCUUCUUUAUUGGAUUAUUAUGACAAGACAGAAGGCAAUUCUAAUACACUUUAUACUUGGCUGCUCCAUGCCGUGCAAAGAUUUCAAAAGUUGACGGGAGCCCCAGACCGGUUUUCAUCAGUUCUGUUUGGUGGUGCUCUGGGAUCCAUGUAUAGCUUUCUACAAUUUCUUACAAGCCCAAUUGUCGGCAGUCUUUCAGAUGCCUAUGGAAGAAAACCUAUGCUUCUCAUUUGCUUACUCGGUAUAGCAAUAUCUCAUGGUCUAUGGAGCUAUGCAAGUACAUUCAGCUUGUUUGUAAUUGCAAGAUUUAUAGGAGGAUUGAGUAAAGCAAAUGUGAGCCUAAGUAUGGCAGUAGUCACUGAUGCAUCUGAUGAAAAGACCAGAGCCAGAGGAAUGGCACUCGUAGGAUUGGCAUUUUCUAUUGGUUUCAUAGUGGGUCCUUUGGCUGGAGCAUGGUUUGCCAAGAACACUGAUAUAUCCUCAGGUCUGUGGGGUGAGAGACCAGCGCUAUAUGCACUCUCUCUUUCACUUGCCAAUGUCGCUCUUGUCACAUUUUUUAUACCUGAAACUCUAUCAAUGGACAAGCGGACCCCUCUUUCCCUAUCAAUCUCUAAAGCAAUCGAUUUCAUCUCUCCAUGGCAUUUACUAAGAUUUACAGCUGUCAAGGAUCUAUCCGCCCAUCAAAACAAAGUAUUAUCUAGAAUAGGACUGAUUUAUUUUAUAUACUUAUUUAUUUACUCUGGCCUUGAAUUUACUAUAACAUUCCUUACUCAUCAUACAUUUGGAUAUACAGCGAUGCAACAAGGAAAAAUGUUCCUCGUUAUAGGUUUUAUAAUGGCGGUGCUACAGGGCGGGGCUGCUCGGCGGCUGAGCGCGCGUGGAGCCGAACGAGCUGCAAAACUAGCGCUUAUACUGACACCGUUCUCUUUCAUAUGUGUAGCGCUAGCAGCCAUACAACAACCACCAAUUUUUUCGCCUAUCGUGUGGCUUUGGGCGGGAUUAGUGCUGUUUGCUUUGUCCACGGCGUUCGCGGUGUCGUGCAUGACGGCGCUGGCCACGGCGCAGACGGCGGGCGCGGGGCGCGGCGCGGCGCUGGGCGCGCUGCGCUCGCUCGGCGCCCUGGCGCGCGCCGCCGGCCCGCUGCUCGCCUCCGCAGCUUCAGGCAGAGCAGGCGCUGCGCACAAGGAAAAUAUUCGUCUAAAAAAAGAAUUGGAACAAAUGGAAGAAGAAAACAAUAUGCUCCGACUGAAAUUCGAAAUAUUACUCGACAUGAUGACAGACAAGACGAUAGAAGCUGAACAACAGGAAAUGCAAAGAGCUCAAAGCUUAGGAUCAUUAAAACCGAAGAGUAAAAAGCAUAAAUGGUAGCUUUAGACGGCGUUAAAUAAUUAAAACUUUAGGUAAAUAUAUAAAUAUAUUUUUAAUUUAGAUAGACAGACGACCUAGUGUCAGGUUGUUACCUGAUGGUGCAUUAUCUUACAUCGUUUUUAAAUAUUCCAAGCGAGUUGCU